ACCAAAAAGAUGGGAAGGCCAGACGCAUUCGACCCUUCAGUAAAAGUAUAUAAAUAAAACGUAUCCCUUCUGAACGUUCUGGUCAUUUUCUAUCCCUAUUGUUCACCAUAGAAUUUAGGUAACUUACAAUGGCUCGCCUAACACAAAUUUGUCUCGCUACACUUGCUUUAUUGGUUGUCGCUACAACGGCUGCUCCCCAUCCAUUGAACACCCGCGAUGUUCAUCAAUACCAUACUACUGAAGUAGUGGAUCGUCACCACCUCAGCCGUCGGUGCGAGAGUCAAGACAAUGACGGAGAAGAGUGUCAGGACAAUUCCGAACAAGACAAUGACCAUGAAUGUAACGAAUGUGCAGACAAUGACGAUGACGAUCAAGAUGAUCAUGAUGACCAUCGCAAUGUCGUUGCUCACCAUGAAUAUAUCCAUCGUACAUGGACCGGCGAGGGUCAGCGCCACAGACACCAUAAAAGAUGUUCCGACGAUAACGGCGAUGAUUGCAAACAAGAGGAAGACCACGGCUGUGAAGACCACGACUGUCAAGACAAUGACUCUCAUGACGACAACGACGAUCACGAUGAUCACGAUGACCAUCGCAAUGUCGUUGCUCACCAUGAAUACAUCCAUCGUACAUGGACUGGUGAUGGUCGACGCCACAGACAUCAUAAAAGAUGCUAUAACCACGGUAAUGAGGGCCGUAUUGAAAGCAGUAACAAUGGUGAACGUGGUGAAGGCCGUGGUGAGGACCGUGCUAGAUUUGGUGACAACGACCGCGAUGGAGACCGUGCUGGAUUUGAAGGUGAUGACCGUGCUGAUGACCGUGAUGAAGACUUUGAUAGAUUUGAAGGUGAUGAAAACCGUGAUGAAGACUUUGAUAGAUUUGGAGGUGUUCAAAACCGUGCUGAGGACCCUGCUAGAUUUGAAGGUGAUGACCGUGAUGGUGACCGUGAUGGAGACUUUGAUAGAUUUGAAGGUGAUGAAAACCGUGAUGAAGACUUUGAUAGAUUUAGAGGUGUUCAAAACCGUGCUGAGGACCCUGCUGGAUUUGAAGGUGAUGACCGUGAUGAUGACCGUGAUGGUGACCGUGAUGGAGACUUUGAUAGAUUUGAAGGUGAUGAAAACCGUGAUGGAGACCGUGACGAGGACCGUGAUGGCGAAAAUGCCAAUGACUUUUUCGAUGAUAAUGACAACGAUGAUCGCGACAACCAACAGCGCGAAGAUGAUGAGUAAAUGAUGUGUAGAUCAUAUCAUAUCAUCUUAUUUGAUUUUUAUGUCCUAACCAAGAUAUCUCUCUCGCAUACUGCAUUUCUCGUUCUAUACACAUACUUGCAUAUUCUAUUCCCUUACUUCGAAAUACAUCUCUAGCUCUUCUUUCGCUUUCUGAUAUUUCCGCAUUCACAGCAUUUUCAUUGAAUAAAUGAUAGAUUUCCUUUGUUACUGCUCAAGUUGAAUUCACGUUUCACAAUAACAUCCAUCCAUUCAAACAAAGAUCGCGGAUCACAAAAAGAGCUCUUUUCUUAUUCAGGAACCAGUUGUCUCUCCGCUUGCAUGAAAACU